AUGGGGUGGAUCUUUCUUGCUAGUAUUUUACUCCUCUCCUUAUGCGCGGCGGGAUUGCCGUUGCCACAGGGCGGUGGUGGGGCGGGGGGUCAUGGACAGCCGCAGGCUGGCUCGCCGAGCACCUCAGGCCCCGGCGGUGGCACAGCGGGCAGCGGCGCGAGCAGCACCCUCGGCGCUGCUGGCGGCGGUGCCUCUGGCUCUGGCAUCGGCGCCUCCGGUGGAGUUGGGGUUGGUCUCGGUGUUUCUGGGGGAACUACCGGCGGUGGAGCCGGUGGUGGUGCCGCAGGUGGCGGCGGAGGUCGGUCCGCUGGACCGGCUCGUCGGGGCCGAGGGUGGCGCGACUGGCGCCGCGGCGACCCCACCCUUAUCAAGGGACUCUGGCAGUCGAAGGGACCUCUAGCUUCUUUAGGAAAGGCGAUGGCGUAUAUCAUCUUAGCGCUAGUGAUCGGUAUCGUCACCGUGGUGGUCGGCUGUUGGCUGUCGGACAACUGUUGGGCACCUGAGCCCGAAGGAGUGGUCACUCUCGCAUAGCCUAGUGCAGACUUCCGUUCGUCCAGGCGAUAACAACUAGCGCGCCGGCCCUCCUACAGGAGCUUUCAGGACAUCGGCCAGUCGGAACGGCAGAACGUCGCUGGGAAUCAGCGGCCGUUCCUCGAUAUUAACGACAACCACACGCUACUACCAAUAUGAC